UAGGAGUACUUUGGAGUGAAGAGCACUGCAAGCUAAAACAGAUGUGCAUGUCAUGCAGAAGUUGAAUCUGAACUCUUCAUUUAAGUAUUUAUUUUAACACACCUUUCAUACUAGUACACAAUUUAAGUCAAUCGGUGAGGUUACACUAUUAAAAUAAAAAACACACUAAAAAAAACUUUUUGGAAAAGAAGAAAAAAAAAAAGACUUUUCUCAAUCAAAUGUCCUUUUUGUUUAACGCGGUUCAAUUUUCAAAAGGAAAUUAUGGUGGUUGAGAGUGAGUCAACAAAGUUAUAAUCAUGCACUAAAACUCUCACAUAGUCCACAUGUAUAAUUUGACUUUCUUUAUAUAUAUAUAACGCUCCAAAAAAAAUCACAUUUCAACAACCACAAUAUUUUCUUCCCAACUUUCAAAAGUUUAGCUAGCUAGGCCACAAUGAAGGCAAUCCAACACACCAUCAACCACCACUUCACAAUCACUCGCCGCCUUCCACGCCCGGUUCGUGCUCGACAAGAACUUCUCUUCGACGACACUAACCGGUCGUCUAAGGCGUCUAACCCGGCAACCCGUUUAGCCCAAUCACUUACCCAUAUGUUACAUAACCAAAUUGAAUCCAUACACACCCAAAAAACAUUAACCCAAUCUAAUUUUAGCACCAUUUUAGAGGACAAAAGUAACACCCCUAUAUCAUUUCCUAAGGAUGAUAUAUCAAAUAAUUGGGAAGAAUUUCAUGGUGCUAAUAAUUGGGACGACCUUUUAGACCCUAUUAACCCCUCUUUAAGGCAAGAGCUACUCAAAUAUGGUGAGUUAGCUCAAGCAACAUACGAUGCUUUCGACUACGAUCCAUACUCAGAGUAUUGUGGUAGUUGUAGGUAUAACCGAAACAAGCUCUUUGAAAAGCUCAGCUUAACACGACACGGAUAUCACGUUACAAAGUACAUCUACGCGACUUCUCAAAUUGAUCUGCCUCGAUGGCUAGAGAAGUCUCAAGUAGCCGAGACUUGGAGUACACACUCGAAUUGGAUGGGGUUUGUCGCGGUUAGUGAUGAUGAGGAGUCAUGCCGUAUUGGUAGGAGAGACAUUGUUGUGUCAUGGCGAGGCACGGUGUCUGCAUCCGAGUGGUACGAAGACUUUCAGCGUAAUUUGGAGACAUUUGGGCACGGUGAUGCCAAGGUUGAGGAAGGUUUCCUAAGCAUUUACACUACGAAAUUUCGAUCAUCGAGGUAUAACAAAUCAAGUGCUUCAGAACAAGUGAUGCAAGAGUUAUCAAAGCUAAUAGAUUUUUACAAGAAAAGAGGGGAAGAAGUUAGUCUUACAAUAACAGGGCAUAGUUUAGGUGGUGCCUUGGCUCUGCUCAAUGCAUACGAGGCUGCUGCAAUAUUCGUCAAUCUUCCUGUUAGUGUCAUUUCCUUUGCUGCUCCAAGGAUUGGAAACUCGGUCUUCAGAGACGAGCUACACGAGCUAGGAGUGAAGAUACUACGCGUUGUUGUCAAACAAGACGUCGUUCCUUGGACUGCAGGAAUGGUCUUUAACAAUGAGAGCUUACAGAAUUUUGAUGAGAUUACAGGGGGGUUACAGUGGAUUCACCCUCAUGCUGGUGUUGAGCUGAAGCUGGAUGCGAGAGCUUCUCCGUAUUUGAAACGAGGGUUGCAGUUGCUUGGACAUCAUAUGCUAGAGACGUACCUGCAUUUGUUGGAUGGUUAUGAAAGUUCUAAAGUGCCUUUUCGGCCUGAUGCUACAAGGGAUAUAGCUUUGGUGAACAAGGAGUGUGAUCUGUUGAUCAACGAGCUGAGGAUACCGCCUCGUUGGUACCAGGUUGCGAAUAAGGGUCUGGUUCAGAAUGCUUAUGGGAGGUGGGUUAAACCUAAGAGGGAUCCUGAAGAUAUACCAUCUCCUACUAGUGAAUCAGCUAAUUGUAAUGAAAUGCAAUCUGUACUUGGUUAUUGAAUCAUAAUUAUAAUUUGUAUAUACAAGUUCUUGUUAGCACAA